AUGCCCCAGGCAAUCAAGGGAAUCACAGAAGUAUUCGGGUUGGACACCAUCAAUGCACUGCAGACAAUCCUCGCAUGUUCCGAACAAGUGACCAUUCCAGACCUGGAAACAUCAUGUUCCAGGUUUCCAAAUACCGAUCAGUCUGUCACCCACAACGACCAGAGUAUCCACGCCAUCAUUUCCGAACGCCAACGACAGCUAGAUGCAGUUUUGCACGAGAUUUCAGGCCUGCAAUCUGUGAUGGAUGGUAUCAAGAAUAUUCACCGGCAACUACUCAAAAAAAAGGACAGGAUUAGACAUUCAAUGAUUUUGCACAAGGGACUCGUAUCGCGUCUCUGGCGCUUGCCAACUGAAGUCCUGUCACAGGUUUUCCACCACUGUCUCCCGGACCACUGUUUCCCAGAAUCAAACCGCCCAUCAGCGUUAGAAGCUCCCGUCUUGUUAACCGGAAUAUGCCGACGAUGGAGGGAGGUUGCUGCUGAACACACCCAGUUUAUGGUGCAGGCCUCCCGCUAUGACGUAUGGCUCAAACGGUCGCGGGGACAUCCGCUCUCGUUGUCGCUCGUCUGCGAGGCAGAUGAUGCGGCCAGGCUCCAGAGCCUUCUUCAGCCCUACAUCAAUCAAAUUUCGUCUCUGUCUAUCAUAUUUCACGAAGAUGUGGUCGAACCCGAACUUUUGUUAGACGACCUCCCAGUACUUCGGGAGCUGACCAUACGAACCCUGAAAGAAAACAGGAAUAGACACAGCCCAUCCAUCGGAAAGUCUCUCUCACGACUACCGGCCACUUUGCGCAGCCUCAAGGUCGUUGAAUGGUAUUUCAACACCACGCAAACUUCUUUCGGUCCGGCAGGGUCACACCUGACAAAUCUCGAUGUCGCCACACUGCUGCACCAGAGCACAGUUAUUCAUCUACUCCAGCUAUGUCCCAAUCUCUCCUCGUUCAAAUUUUGCGGACAAUUCGACACAAAUGAAACCCUAGAUUCAUUUACGCACACCAAUAUCCAAACCUUCCGCGUCUUAGCCCGCUGUGACGCCUCAUCCUAUUUAUCCGGGCUAUUCAAUGCUCUAUCGCUCCCGAAUUUGCGGGUGCUUGAAAAUUACUGCUCUGGCAGUGUCCGAUACCCUGAUGAGGAGCUGAAGGCAUUUUUUGCGCGGUCAAAGUGUCCCCUGGAGAGAUUGAUUUUUAGCAGUCGCGGGAAGCCGACGAUGACAGAUGAGGUGCGAGCGAAAUACAUUAACAUUUUUCCUUCUAUCGAGAUAUCACUAGUAGAGGAUCUUGGUAACACACCAGAAACCAAACUGGUCGUGGAACUUCCCCCAGCUUGUCGCUACGAACUGAGCGCUGUACUCCCACAAGCGCCAGUCCCUGCAUUCCGCAGUAUGACUGCCAACCCAGGCUUUCAUAUGGCUAGCACUCGCGUCUCUACAGUACGACGUGUGUAUGCAGCGGGAGCACAAGACCAAGUCCCGAUUUUCGGAGAGGUUCUCUCCCCAGCAAGACCUGCUACAUCUUGGCUUCCGCGUGCAGUUGCUCGUCCCACAGCACAGCAACCAGGUGGUCUUUCCUUCCUUGCGGAGUAA